AUGCACAAGCCCGUCGUAGUCGUUACCGGAGCCUCAAAAGGAAUAGGUCUCGCCGUCACAAGGCAUCUAAUCAAUGAGUUCAAUGCCGUCGUCGUCGCCAUCUCCCGGUCACGCAGUCCAGAGUUGGCCGAAAUAGAACUCGCAACCGAAAGCGUAGAUUUCAUCGAAUGCGACAUUGUAGACGAGAAGAAACUCACCGAUGCCAUCAAUCACGCUGCCCACCGCCAUCGUCGACUUGACGGCCUCAUCCUCAAUGCAGGAACCAUCGACCCUAUGACUCGGAUCGGUGACGAUGCUACGCCUUUGGACCAUUGGAAAUGCCACUUUGACAUCAACUUUUUCUCCUUAAUCACCGCAACAAGGAGUGCCCUCCCUUCUUUGAGGAAGAAUCCAGACGGUGGUCGAAUCGUCUUCGUCAGUUCAGGGGCCGCGGUCAAGGGAACCGCUGGAUGGGGUCCCUACAAUGCGAGCAAAGCAGCAAUGAACUCUCUGUGCCGGACCUUGGCGGAAGAAGAGUCCGACGUCAUCUCGGUUGCAUUGCGACCAGGGAUGGUAGACACCAAUAUGCAGGCAAAGCUUAGACUAAUUGGGACAAACGCCAUGUCCCCCGAGGACUACGAAAAGUUUAUCAAAGUCCACGCCGAAGGAAAGUUGGUUAAGCCAGAGGAUUGCGGAUAUGUUAUCGCAGCUCUCGCCCUCCAAGCACCUAAGGAACUCAGUGGCAAGUUUGUAAGCUGGGACUCGGAUGAAUGUGCGCCGUUUAGGAAGCCUGCCAAUGCCAAUGCCAACGGCAGUUGA